GUCCACCCAACAGUUCACCUCCUGUGAACCUUCUCCCUAUGACAUUUCAACAAUAAAAGCUGGAAUGUUCCCAUCAGCCUACAAGUGAAGAGAGAGUUUAUGAAAAAAAACUUUGAGAACAUGAGUGAUUCAAAACCCUGCAAAAUGAAACAUAAAGAUACUGAAGAACAAAAAGUCCUGGUGAAAGAGAAUGAAGAACUGAGUGAAGUGGAGGUAAAAAAUCAUCAUGUCAAAACUGGAGAAAAAUCUUGCUCACAGACUAAAAGUAAAUUUUUAUUGGAAAAAAGAGCCAAAAAAUCUUUCACCUGCCCUCAGUGUGGAAAGAGUUACACAUUAAAAGGAAGCCUUAGGGAUCACAUGAAAAUCCACACUGGAAAGAAUUUGCACACAUGUGAUCAGUGCGGGAAAAGUUUCACAAAAAAAGGAACCCUUAAGGAUCACAUGAAAAUCCACAGCGGAGAGAAGCCUCACACAUGUGAUCAGUGCGGAAAGAGUUUCACAUUAAAGGGAACACUUACGGAUCACGUGAAAAUCCACAGCGGAGAGAGGCCGCACACGUGUGAUCAGUGUGGGAUGAGUUUCACGAAAAAAGGAUCACUUAAAGAACACAUGACAAUCCACACUGGAGAGAAGCCACACAUAUGUGAUCAGUGUGGGAAGAGUUUCAGAAAGGCAUGCACUUUUAAAAUACACCUGCGUUGUCAUUCUGGAGAAAGACCAUUUAACUGUGAUCAGUGUGGUAAAAACUUUUUUAGGGCAGAUGCGCUGAAGGACCACAUGAAAGUUCACACACAGGAGAAGCCUUACACGUGUACUUUGUGUGGAAAGAGCUUUAGUCAGUCAGGUACUCUAAAUUUACACCAGAAAAGGCACAAUGGUGUGAAGGAUCAUAUGUGCUUUGAUUGUGGGAAGACUUUUGUUAGAGAUGCUGAACUGAAAAAGCACCAGAGAAUUCACAGUGAAGAAAAACCUUACAAGUGUUCACUCUGUGACAAGAGAUUCAAAUGGUCAGAAUAUCUAAGAAUACAUGAGAAGAUCCACACCGCAGAAAAACCUUACAAGUGUUCACACUGUGACAAGAGAUUCAAAUGGUCAGAUUAUCUGAAAAAACAUGAGAGGAUCCACACUGGAGUGAAGCCGUAUCACUGCCCUCCAUGUGGGAAGAGUUUCAGUCAAUUAUCUUCUUUACGCAGUCAUACAAAAAACAAAUGUCUGAAAUCACAAUAAGUAGUUCACCUUCAGAUCCAGCGCAUUCAUACUGCGUCCUCACCAAACAAGACCCAAUAAUGCAUAGAGCAAUAAAAUCUGUCUCUUCUAUAUAAAUCUGCCCCAACCAGCUGCAAGAAGUGACAACACAUCAAAACAUCAUCCGAGUUCAGACCAGCGGUUUCAAGUGUGAAAUUAACAUCAACCCCAUGAUGGUAUUUCUCCAAAAUAAACAAUAUCUAAAAAAUAUCUUUAUUAUGAAUUUUGUUCAAUUUAUAUUCUAAUUUCUUAUCCAUAUGUAUCACUAUUGAGGGCUUUUCACACAUCAUUCUAAACACCCCGGGUAAAGGAACGUUUCACACUUGUAAUUUAGCACUGCUAUUUACCCAAGGUUAUGAAACCCUGCUCCGAAGCAGGUUUAGCACUGCUUUUGGGCUGUUAACCCCGCAUUGUGGUGCCAGUUUGAAACAAUGCAAUGUUAGCAACGGACAACUAAUAACAUGCCUCAUAUUCAUGUGAUUUGGACAUUCAUGGAAACACCACGUUAUAUAAACAGUAGUUUCAGUUUGAGGGGGGAAAUAUCAAACGAAUAAAAAAAUGCGACAAUUGGA